AUGCGCCAUGUCGUUAGAGUGGCCGUUGAGUGUUUCAAACGUCCUCUAGCACAUCCGGGAAGGGUUUCGGAAGGGGCCACACGAUUGACGAGAUAUAUGUAUUUGUCAACGAGGAUGGCCAUCGGUUGUUGCACAAUUGGGAGCCUGAAAGCUCUUCUAUACCUGGUCGAAACGUACUCGAUAUUCCGAACCAACCACGCCUCUCAAGCACCUGUACUACGUGCAUGUCGAUCUGGACAGCUCGAUUGUGCAUUGUACUUGCUGGAUCGAGGAGCUUCUCUGGAUGGAGAUAGCUAUGUAAGGGGGACACCUUUGUACUGGCUCUGCGCCUUUAGCGAGAAGGGGAUUGCGGCUCGCCUUGUCAGAAGCUGGGAGCAACUCGCCAGUACCCCUCUAAAUCGUGGAAUACGUCGUCCCAAUUUCCGAUUCUGGGUCGAUUCUGAGAACCUUUUCUGUCUUCCCGCUUCCCCUCCUUUCUAG